UGCCUUGUUUUGGGCGGCUGCGGAGGGAAACGCUUCGCGGAGCCGGCACCCGCAGCGGUGUGGAUGCGUACGGAGGAGUCCUCGUGAAAGCAGCUCCCGACGUUUCCCCACACACACACACAAAAAAAACACCACCAAAAAAAAAAACCAGACCCAAACAAACCACCCACUUGGACAAUUAAAACGGUUUUUGGCAGCAUCCAGCGUUGCUAAGGGUGAUUUAAUUCCUACUUCCAGUCCAGUUCCCAGAGGCAGCUUUUCCAAGGUGACUCUAAACGCAGGAGAUGGUAACUGCUACGGGUAAAGAUCACCUUUAAAAGGGAACAUGGAUUUAAUAAACUCAACUGAUCAAAACAGUACAUCAGAACCAUUCAAAUGGGUGACAUCCAAGAUUCUCAUUUCCAUUACCCUGUCUGUGCUUGCUCUAAUGACAACGGCCAUCAAUUCCCUCGUGAUGACUGCGAUAAUUGUGACCAGGAAGCUCCACCACCCGGCCAACUAUCUAAUCUGCUCUCUUGCAGUGACUGAUUUCCUUGUGGCAGUCCUGGUGAUGCCCUUCAGCAUUGUCUACAUCGUAAAGGAGGCCUGGAUCAUGGGGCAGGUGGUGUGUGACAUUUGGCUGAGCGUGGACAUCACGUGCUGCACGUGUUCCAUCCUGCAUCUCUCUGCCAUCGCUCUGGACCGGUACAGGGCGAUCACGGACGCUGUGGAAUACGCACGGAAAAGGACACCUAAGCACGCUGCCAUCAUGAUAGCAGUGGUGUGGAUCAUAUCCAUUUUUAUCUCCAUGCCGCCCUUGUUUUGGCGGCACCAGACGGCCAGCAGGGACGACGAGUGCAUCAUCAAACAUGACCACAUAGUUUUCACCAUUUACUCCACAUUUGGCGCCUUCUAUAUCCCUCUGGCCUUGAUUCUGAUCCUCUAUUACAAGAUAUACAAGGCAGCAAAGACGUUUCACAGAAGAAGCGUCAGCCGGAUCGUGAGGGAGGAGGGGGGGGUAAACGGACAAGUCCUUUUGGACGCGGGUGAAAGGAGCACCAAAUCAGCUUCCAUGCCCAGCACGGCAGAGAAGACAUCAGAUCCCCUGGUGAACUCUGAUAAAAUCAACAUCACCCUGCGAAGCCCCAGGUCUGAAUCUAAGCAUGAAAAGUCCUGGAAAAAACAGAGAAUCUCUAGCACAAGAGAGAGAAAGGCAGCAACUACGCUGGGUCUGAUCCUGGGGGCGUUCGUGAUCUGCUGGCUCCCUUUUUUUGUAAAGGAAGUAGUUGUUAAUACCUGUGAAAGAUGUCACAUCUCAGAAGACAUGUCUAAUUUCCUAGCAUGGCUGGGAUAUAUAAAUUCCCUUAUUAACCCUUUAAUCUACACAAUCUUUAAUGAAGAUUUCAAGAAAGCCUUCCAGAAGCUUGUGCGGUGUAGGCAAUACUUUUAAGAGCUUUUGUUCAUAUAAGGAGAACAUACUCAUUGUUUUUUAACCUGUAUAAAUUUAUAUAACUGAGAUGACAUGUGUUGCAUUUAAGGAAAAGCACCAAGACUCUGCAUUUACAUUAUGACUUUUUUUGUAUAAAUAAUAUUAGGAGCAUAAAUUGCCCAAGUUUUAAAGCAAUGGAUCAUCUGGGAUCAGUUUUGCUCUAGAAAAAAAGGGUAGCAUAUUGUGGCUCUGAUCCAGUUGGGAUUUGCACAGCUGCCUAGCUUGAAGCAUAAGGUAUUACCUUAAAUAUGAAGGAAAUACACCUUUUUUUUUUUUUUUUUUAAGUAACCCUCAAGCAUCAAUGAAAUUUUAGGUAAAACAACACACAGCUUUUUAAACCCUACUGAUAUAGGAUAGAAAAUACACCAUGGAAUUGCAGUAUGAUUUUAUUGGUAUGGCACAGGCCUGCAGGAUAGAGCCAGGCCAUUCCCAGCAAAGGGUAAUAGCUUUAGAUAUAUCUAGCAUCAUCCUAUCUUGAUGAGCUGAGUGCAGCUGCAGCCCUGCCUUUUCCCAUAGAUGAAGGUCUUCCCCGUGUUUUGCCCCCACAGCACCUCUGCAGCAGGUUUCCAGUGCUGGUUUCCAGUUUCACAGCAAGCCGGUGUUGUGAGCCCUCUGCCACUGCACACCCCCAGCAGGCAUGGCCAGAGCCCCAAGGGAAACAGCCAAAUACCUGGGGCACCUCCAGUGAGCUGAGUACGCAUCAUGUCCCCUGCUCUGAGGCACCACUUCCAUAGG